UAAAAGAGGCGCUGGCCCUUUAAGUGGCAGGACGGCUGCUCUGCUCCAGCUCCGUCUGAAGUUUUCUGAAGUUUUUCUGAAGUUGCUCUGAGUUGCCCUGAGUUGCUCUGAGUUGCCCUGAGUUGCUCUGAGUUGCCCUGAGUGUGGUUGCUGGAGGCGGGGAGUCUCAGGUCGGGACUUGCUCAGCCAUUGGGCUGAUGACGUCGCUGCCGCUCCGUCUGGUUUUCACAGGGCAGAGAGACAAUCCAGAUUUUCCUCUGCUCCACAUGCUGGCUGUUUGAGACGUCUGGUACCAGAGCCCGGGUGUGUCCCAGAACCCUAACCCGGCAGGAUGAACUGGUCCGGACUGGAGAAUCUGCUGAGCGGGGUCAAUAAGUACUCCACGGCCUUCGGGAGGAUCUGGCUGUCCAUGGUGUUUGUCUUCCGGGUCAUGGUGUUCGUAGUGGCGGCCCAGAGGGUGUGGGGAGACGAGAACAAGGACUUUGUGUGCAACACUAAACAGCCUGGCUGUAACAACGUCUGCUACGACCAUAUCUUCCCCAUCUCCCACAUCCGUCUGUGGGCGCUGCAGCUGAUCUUCGUCACCUGCCCGUCUCUGAUGGUCAUGGCUCAUGUUAAAUACCGUGAGGGGAAGGACAGGAAGUACAUGGCGGUGCACCAAGGCUCUCACCUUUAUGCCAACCCCGGCAAGAAGAGAGGAGGUCUGUGGUGGACGUAUCUAGUGAGCUUGGUCUUUAAAGCCGGGUUUGACACAUCGUUUCUCUAUAUUCUGUAUCAGAUCUACCAUGGAUACGACCUCCCCAAACUCUCCAAGUGUUCCCUGGCACCUUGUCCCAACACCGUGGACUGCUUCAUCAGUCGUCCAACAGAGAAGAAGAUCUUCAUGCUCUUCAUGGUCGUGUCCAGCGCCAUCUGCAUCUUAAUGUGCAUCCUUGAGAUGAUUUACCUCAUUGGCAAGCGCAUCUUGAAAGUGAUAAACAUCCGAAAUGAGAACGAGAGGGUUGUGUUCGCCGACCAGCAUGAACUCACUGCCAUCGCACCUCCCAGGUCCCAGUACCGGAGUGUGGACCCUACGCUAGCAGAGAGCCAGCUGAGUUUAAGCAAGCGGGAGAAGACUGAGGGUCGACAGAAAACGACCCUGCUGUAGCACAGAGACCGGUGGAAAACAGGAAGACCGAAGGCCCUGGGAUCAAGGGAACAAGAACUUUAAGGGUUCCCCUUCAGGAGGAACUGCUGCUUCUCCAGACAGGGGCUGGAUGGAUAUUUCAGUACCAGAACAAAACUCUCAACUCUGCUUGCAGCUAGCUUUGCUUAAUGACUGUUUAUCAGAAAACUGCAUCUGGUGCAUCUUUUUAUUUAUUCAUCCAAUGAGACCAAAGAAGUCACAUGAUGUAACGACUUCAUGACAACCCAGGGUUACCGUCCUCACAGUGACAAAUGUCAACCUAACUUCAUGUUAAAACAUCACAUUUACUCCACGAGAGUUUCUAUACCAAAGGUUCUGGGCCAGAGCAAAUCCAGGUCGCUUCUAGACACAGGUGUAUGCAUGUCAUGUCUGUAGCUACAGAAAAUGCUGAUUUAGUUAGAAACAACAAACAGCGAGAGGUCAAGGUCAGGCCCGAGGUCAUAGGUCAGGCCUUAGGCGUUUGUAUGCACCGCCUUCCUCAGACUGUAGAGUGCUCUGGUAGCUGCCCGAUGCAGCCCACUGGGCCCAUCCCUGGUUCUGUUGGUUCUGUUGCUGACAGAACAACCAGCAGCGUCCUGGUACCAGGCAGGUGGCAGCCGGAUUAUGCUGCAGGUACCGGCCCGGAGCGGUUCCGCCUCCGGUCCAGCUUACAGGCAGAAUGAGAAUCAUUUAUGGCGACGACAGAGUCAAAAUGUUAUGAGUAUAAAAACGCUACAAGGCAGAAAAAACUGUAUAGAUGAAUCGUUUCAGUGAGGAAAGCCUGGACGAUUCAUCUGUCAGCUUCAUCAGAAUCAUUUCAAAUCCUGCUGUCAGAAUGAUUUAUGAAUAAUUUCUGAGGAAAUACCGAUGAAUUAUUUCUUUACUCCAAACGUCACAACAAUUUCUCAUUUUAAUGAUACAAUUCUCUAAAGAUUCCUACUUCUCUCUCCUAACAUCAUGUGAUUUUUUUCUAGUUAUUAUGACUUUUAUGACACGAUUUUAUUCUCUAAUUUAAACCGUUUAGGCUCUAAAACUCUGUUGUAAAAGCAGCAGGAAGCAUUUUGAGGAACUAAAUUAGAAUCGUCUGCAGCUGUUUUCUCCUCCGAAGGAGGAUAUACCAGAAUUAUGAAGGAUUCUGGUAUUUUUGGACAGUUUGUUCUGGAAACCGGUCCGGCUGUUGCUGGGCUCCGCUGGGAGGAGUGAUGCUGUGGGCCGAGGGCUCUGACUCAUCCUGGAUCGACUGGAAUGAACUGAACUGAUUUUAGAAAACCUUUAGUUGGGACUCACUGUGGAUCGGCUGCAGAAAUCAAAUUAAACUGAAAUGAGUUUUACUUUCAUGUCCUGACAAAACAUCAAACGUGUCAACAUUUCCUUUCAUGUAAAAUUAAUCAGAAUAAAACAAAAAUGAGCAAAUGUG